AUCGAUUUUGACUGCGAUGAUGAAGAGAUGAAUCUAAACUGCUUUAUCCUCAUGUUCGAUCUCAUAUUAAAACAGAUGGAGUUGCAGGAUGACGGCAUCACGUUGGGUUGGAGAACAGCCUGUCCAAGGAUAUCAUCUCCAUCAUCAACAACGUGUUCCAGGCCCCCUGGGGCGGCUCCCACACCUGCCAGAAGGAUGAGAAGGCCGUGGAGUGCAGCCUGUGUCAGUCCAGCAUCCUCUGCUACCAGAUGGCCUGCGAGCUGCUGGAGCGCUUGGCGCCCAAGGAGGAGAUCCGCCUGGUGGAGCCCACCGACAGCCUAGAGGAGAGCCUGCUGUACUCCAGGCCGGAGUUCAUCAUCGGCACCGAGGGGGAGGAGGAGGAGAAUCCCGCCCACAAACACGGCGAUAAUCCCGGAACUCACACCGAGGCCACGGAACCCGCCAACACAACAAAUGUGAAGAACGACA